GGUACAUAUAUAAAGUAGUUCAUGGGGGUGGGAUGAUGUUUAGUUGGAGCGUUUGUUAUGGCGUCGUCGGAUCGAAAGCUAAUUGUGGUCUCCGGGUUCGGGCCAUUUACUGGCCAUGACACCAUCAACGCCAGCUGGGAGGCUGUGAAGCUGCUCCCAGAGGUCCUCAGCUACAAUGGCACCGAAUACGAUAUAGAAAAGCGUCUGGUUCAGGUUGAAUAUGGAGCUGUGGACGAGGCUGUGACGGAGAUAUGGAAACGCCAGCCAGAUCUGGUCAUACAUGUUGGCGUUUCGGGCGUUGCAAAGUGUGUCUAUAUAGAGAAGCUGGCCUACAACCACAAGUUCCGAAGACCCGAUAACUCUGGACAAUACCUGCCCAACGGCAGCUGCGAACUCCCCCACAAUGGGCAUGCAAACGUCUUAAAAUGCGGUCUCGAUGUGGAUAAGAUUGUGGCGGCUGUAAAUGAAGAGUGCGACGGAUGUGUAGCCCCCACAAACGAUAAUAUUAAGCCUCUUGGCGCUACAAAGGUCUCAAAAAACGUCGGCGACUUUCUAUGCGGCUAUAUCUACCUGAAAUCUCUGGAUGUGGACAAAAAGAGGAGCCUCUUCGUCCAUGUACCGCCUAUAGACAAACCAUUUAGCACCGAGAAAACUGCUGAAAUUGUUUUUGCAGUAGUCGAACAAUGCGUUCAACAGGUGGCAGCCUGUGUAUAAUUCACGUUUGCAUUUAAUUCCUCCACCGUCUGUGGUUUUAAGUAUUGUUUAAGCUAUGUGUAUUUACAAUUAUUGUGCUGUAAAUUGUUGAAUAAAUGAGUUGUAUUUAGGAA